AAUGGUGCUAUUAGAGGUUUACUAAGAUUAGCUCCCUGGAAUCUUGAGAUGAGUGUAAGUACUGAGAUUGCUCGGUCUUGCACUGUAAACUCUGGAUGAUCCAAAGCAGCACCUAAACAAGCACUUCUCAAACUCUCCAUACCUUUAGCACCUCAAACCAGCUCUGCAAGGAUGGGAUAUUCUUGGUUGUACUGUAUGGUUUUAGAGAUGACAUGCUUUUCACUGAGCACCAGGCACUGUGCAGAAUGGUAACCUGAUCUCCUUUUCAGAUGUCUUCGCAGUUAACCCAGAAUUGAUGGAGGCUGUCUGGGCUACCCAAACUGUAAAGGAAAACAUGCCCCCACAGAAAAACAUGUCACAGAAUCAAAAACGCAAAACUAUUUCCAAAAUACCUGCUCCUAAAGAAGUGACGACACUGAAUUCUGUCCUAGUGGAGAGUGCAGCGCAAUCAGCAUUACGAAACCGCACUAGUAGAAUGACCGCCAUCCAUGAGACGCUCCCUUGUGAAAAUGACAUGGAUGUGGAACCUUCUGCGCCCGCGCCAGCCGCACCAAUCAGUUCACUGCCAGCCAUUCGCUCCAGAUCAACUAAACUCAAUGGUGCUGGAGAAAAUCGGUCAAUGGUGCGGAUGUCUGAAAUAUCUGAGGAGUCAUUGACUUCCACCAUCAAAAACAGUCAAGCCAGAAGAAAAUCUAACAUUGUUAAAGAAAUGGAAAAAAUGAAAAGCAAGCGGGAAGAGCAAAGAGCCCAGAACAGUGAGAUGAGAACCAAGCGGACACAGGAAUAUGACAAAAAUGUCCCAAACUGGGAGUUUGGAAAAAUGAUCAAAGAAUUUCGAGCCACUUUGGAUUGUCAAAGAAUUAGCAUGAAUGAUAUGGCUGAGGAGCAGCGCAUUUGUGUCUGUGUCCGGAAACGUCCUCUCAAUAAGCCUGAACUUGCCAAGAAGGAGUUUGACAUAAUAUCUGUUCCGAGCAAAAGUAUUGUUUUGGUACAUGAGCCAAAGCUAAAAGUAGAUCUGACAAAGUAUUUGGAGAACCAAGUGUUCCGUUUUGAUUACUCAUUUGAUGAGACGGCUACAAAUGAAAUGGUGUACAGGUUCACUGCACGACCAUUAGUUCAGUCAAUAUUCGAAGGUGGAAAAGCAACUUGUUUUGCUUACGGCCAGACAGGAAGUGGUAAAACACAUACCAUGGGCGGUGACUUCACAGGCAAAAAUCAGAAUGUUUCUAAAGGUGUCUAUGCAUUUGCAUCACGUGAUGUUUUCCUCAUGUUGGAUCAGCCACGUUAUCGUAAUCUUGACCUGGAAGUGUAUGUAACCUUUUUCGAGAUCUACAAUGGAAAGGUUUUUGAUCUCUUGAAUAAGAAGGCAAAGCUGCGUGUGCUGGAGGACGCCAAGCAAGAGGUUCAGGUCGUAGGGUUAGUGGAAAAAGAAGUCACGUGUCCAGAAGAUGUGUUUAAAAUGAUAGAAACUGGCAGUGCCUGCAGGACUUCUGGUCAGACAUUUGCCAAUGCCACCUCCUCUCGUUCCCAUGCCUGUUUGCAAAUCAUUCUGCGAAGGCGAGGGAAACUUCACGGCAAAUUCUCAUUGGUGGAUCUGGCGGGGAAUGAAAGAGGGGCAGAUACAGCUAGCGCUGAUCGCACAACAAGAAUGGAAGGGGCUGAGAUUAAUAGAAGCUUGCUUGCCUUAAAGGAAUGUAUCCGUGCACUAGGACAGAACAAGGCUCACACUCCUUUUCGGGAAAGUAAACUUACUCAGAUCCUGAGGGAUUCCUUUAUAGGCGAGAACUCCAGAACGUGCAUGAUUGCAAUGCUAUCUCCUGGAUUCAACUCCUGCGAGUACACACUCAACACACUAAGAUAUGCAGACCGAGUCAAGGAAUUAAGCCCUCAAAGUGCUGAUAAUACCAAUACCAACCACCAGAUGGAGACAGAGAAUGAUGAGUCUAGUUCCUCUUUGGGCCUGUUGGAGAACCAAGGCGAUGACGAUUCCGAUGGCUUGUUAAAGGAUGAGGAGUUGUCUUCUCACAUGAACAGUUUCCAGGAUGCAAUGAACCGUAUUGGUGAACUUGAAGAGAAAGCUGUAGAGGAACUGAGAGAGGCUGUGCAGAGAGAGCCAGAAUGGUCUAAUUUAUUAGAAAUGACAGAGCAGCCAGAUUAUGACCUGGAGAACUUUGUAUUGCAAGCAGAACUUCUCAUUCAGGAACGUUCUAGGGUUCUCAUUGCUCUAGGUGAGACCGUGAGUUCCCUUCGUCUUGCCAUGCAGAUGGAAGAGCAGGCCAGUAAGCAAAUAUGUAAAAAAAGACGACCCAAUAAAUAAAUUUACAGCGACAUGGACUUCCGGUCUGCCUCAUUAUAAAUAAAAUCUGUCAUUUUUUUUAAAUGUUUCUCGUGUGUUGUACAGCAUGUCUUGGUGCUUCUAAUUGUUUAGAUGUUGUAUGAAUUAAAUGUUUGUACAUAUUGAUCAAACUAUCCAGCAGUUUGCAGACAAACCUGCAUGAAGCCAUGCAAAGCUCUGGUAUAAACCCAGUAUGUGAAUGUAAAGACCACUGGCUUUGUCUGCAGUUCCCUUGUGUGCCCAAUAGAGGGCAGCAUGAGUGGCACAAGUUGUGUAUGGUAUUUGAAUGAAUUGUAAGUCUGCUUUUGUACAGUUUAUAAGUCCUUCUUUUUUUAAAUUGAAAUGAUAGUUUUCAAAGAACACAUCAAAGCACUAGCUAAUACAAUUUUAUUUUGAUGUAUUCAUAAACAGCCUUUAAUACUAAUGCUCUGUAUGGAUCUGUUAAAUAAAGACCUUGCUGUCAAGUA